GGCCCUCCUCCAUCUCCUGACAUGCACGGCGGAAAAACACUCGAAGGCAGAAGGAAGCGAGACCCAUCUCUAAUGGCGGAAACAUCGCCACUGAAGCGCCGGAGAGAGGCGGCCCCCGACGAAGAAGAAGAGGAGGGAAAGCGGCAAAAGCCGUACAAGGACGUUCUCUCUCUCCUCGAGGAAGAGGAAGACGUGCCCGGCCAAGACCUGUCGUCCCUCAUCGCGAGCCUCCAGCAAGAGCUCACCUCCGGCUCCGGCCCCGGCCCUUCGGCUGCCUCCGCCGCCAAGGAAGCCGACGCGGAAGCCCCUUCCCCGUCAGCUCCUCCUUUUCCUUCGCCUGUGGGUGGAGGUGGGGGAGCAGACGAGAGGGAGAGGGUGAUGAGGCGCUUGCUCGAGGCCUCCGACGACGAGCUCGGGCUGCCCAGCAGAGAGAGCAGCGAAGUUGGAGACGGCGUUGGCGUCGAAGAAGGCGACGAUGGUCCGUGCGGUGGCGGUGGUGACGGCCAAGGUUGGAUCGAUCUGUGCGAGGGGCUGGUGUGGGAGCUCAAGGACGAGGCUGCUGAUCAUUACGCUCUCCUGGAGCCCGGCCUUGGUUCCCCAUUAGAGUGGUGGGUGAAUUAGUGGUUGAUGUAGACAUUAACGCAAGUGUAGGGGUUCCAAAGAGGAAACGAACAAGUGUAUGGGA